CCUGAGUAGGGACUGGUGGCUGUUUGCAGGCAGAUGGACUGUUUGCAGGAGUCAUAGGAGCGGAUAUUGCCGUUUGAAACAAAGGAACCACAACAACUUGUGGAGGAGGCACAAAGAGAAUCGGGGCUGACAAAGAAACAGGUUGCUGAUCCCCGGACAAGAGACGAUGCCGCGGAUGUCGUCGGUGAUACACAACAAGAGGAGUAGUGGUGUUGCAAACAGAAGCUGAACUUGUACCUAGCAAUGCAGGUGGAACCAUGGGGACAAUGGAAACUGGAGAGUCUGUUUGCAAGCAAGACCGUGGAGGAGAUGGGGGUGGUGAGGAGGAACGCAGUCGUCUACGGCCAAGCACAGGCAAAGAUGAGAGGGGGGUGCAUUGGGCAAGAUUUCGGAGUGAAGGACGUGAGCGUCGGAGAGAUUGUGAUGUUCUUUGCAUUGGAGCUGCAGGACAGGAAGCUGUAGCAGUAAAAACUAAAGUAGGGGGAAUUACAGUUAGGGAAACUGUUCUACCGAAAACUGCAGCAGAGGAAACCACAACAGUAGAAACUGCCGCAGCGAAAACUGGAGCAGUGAAAACUAGAGCAAUGGAAACUGCAGCAGUGGAAACCGCAACAGUGGACACUGCAGCAGUGGAAACUGCAGGAGUGGAGACUCCAAGGGUGAAAACUGUAGGAGUGGAGACUGUAGCAGUGGAAAUUGCGGUAGCAGCAGAUGAGUAAGCAGGGGCAGGACGAGAGCAUCGUGGGGGCAAAGAAAAAAUUGGAUGAUACAAAGACCAUCGCAACAUGCGUCGGAACCACUGAGAAAGACGCGUCACAUGUGUAGGAUAGCGACGUUGGCGGGAGCGCAUGUAGUAGCAGGUCCAACCCUUAGCAAGGGUUAGUGGGGAAUGCCCACGCGAAAGCAUACGACGAGUAAGUGUUGUUGCCGCAGUUCGAAAGUCCUACCAAUUGUUACAGAUUUGUUCAAAUCUAGUCAAUUGCCCAAUGAACACACCAGCCGGUUGAUGGGAAGGAAUGUUGGAGGUCGCACUUAGAUAACGAAUGAAAGGGAAAUCCCAAGCAGCCGCUUUAUCAAAGACGCUCAUGCGAAGCGAGCCAUCGGAAUGGACCAGUAGCUGCAUACCUAAAAAGGUACAAGAGCCAUCUGUAGUUGUAGUCUCCUUCCACUCCAGCCCAUAGUGUUCUGGUGGAGGAGGUAAAUGUCCCCAUGAAAGAACAUCAUCAAUGAGGCGAUAGGUGAAGGCAUAUUGUUGAGCAGCUUGAAGAUCAUGUUGACAAAUGUCAUCAACAAAGCGUGCUUCAUCCC